GGGCCCCGCCUCCUCCUUGGCUGCAGAUCCGGCGCCCGAGGAGACGCGCGCWGCUGACAUUGUCUUCGCAAGACUCUUCCUGCGGUCUCAAGAGCCUUCUAUCUCCUGUUUGAAAUGGCAACCCUCAAGGAAAAACUCAUUGCACCAGUUGCAGAAGAAGAGACCACAGUCCCAAACAAUAAGAUUACUGUAGUGGGUGUUGGUCAAGUUGGUAUGGCGUGUGCUAUCAGCAUUCUGGGAAAGUCUCUGGCUGAUGAACUUGCCCUGGUGGAUGUUUUGGAAGAUAAGCUCAAAGGAGAAAUGAUGGAUCUGCAGCAUGGAAGCUUAUUUCUUCAAACACCUAAAAUUGUGGCAGAUAAAGAUUACUCUGUGACUGCCAAUUCUAAGAUCGUGGUAGUAACUGCAGGAGUCCGUCAGCAGGAGGGGGAGAGUCGUCUCAAUCUGGUGCAGAGAAAUGUCAAUGUCUUCAAAUUCAUUAUUCCUCAGAUUGUYAAGUACAGUCCCGAUUGCAUCAUAAUUGUGGUUUCCAACCCAGUGGACAUUCUUACAUAUGUUACCUGGAAACUAAGUGGAUUACCCAAGCACCGUGUGAUUGGAAGUGGGUGUAAUCUGGAUUCUGCUAGAUUUCGCUAUCUUAUGGCUGAGAAACUUGGCAUUCAUCCCAGCAGCUGCCACGGAUGGAUUCUGGGAGAACAUGGCGACUCAAGUGUGGCUGUGUGGAGUGGAGUGAACGUGGCUGGUGUUUCUCUCCAGGAACUAAAUCCAGAAAUGGGAACAGACAACGAUAGUGAAAACUGGAAGGAAGUGCAUAAGAUGGUGGUUGAAAGUGCCUAUGAAGUCAUCAAGCUAAAAGGAUACACCAACUGGGCUAUUGGGUUAAGUGUGGCUGACCUCAUUGAAUCCAUGUUUAAAAAUCUAUCCAGAAUUCACCCAGUAUCAACCAUGGUAAAGGGGAUGUAUGGCAUUGAAAAUGAAGUCUUCCUGAGCCUUCCAUGUGUCCUCAAUGCUCGGGGAUUAACCAGUGUCAUCAACCAGAAGCUGAAGGAUGAUGAGGUUGCUCAGCUCAAGAAAAGUGCAGAUACCUUGUGGGACAUCCAGAAGGACCUAAAAGACCUGUGACUACCGAGCUCCAGGCUAUAGAAAUUGGAAAACCUGAGCCUUUAGUCUGCAUCCAUGUACGUGGGUCAGUUUGCUGCUUCUUUAAUAUGCGAUAUGGGCUACAGGAUCAAAGCCCAGGCUCGUUUUAGUGCUUGCAAUAAGAGCUCUUGAACAAAUAAAAUUAACUGUUCUAGUGUGCUUCCAUUUCUGGAAUGAUUUCUGAACGAUUUUAGUCAGUCUUUCAAAUURUUUUUCCCAUGCCCCUAAAUCCCAGUACCAGUUACAUUGCAUCUUCUGUUUUCCUCCCUCCAGACAGCACAAAAGUUCUGUUUCACAAUAUAUUCCAUAAUUUCAUGGUGGUUGUCCUGAGAGUAUGGUUACUGCUUUAAGGUUACAACCAAAGUUGUAAUAGAGUUCAACAGGUAUGAACUCUUCUCUGAAAGGAAAAACCUCUAAAAUAGAGCUUUGUAAACUUGGAGUUAACUGUAUGUGAGAAUUACUUUUCUUUGAUAGUGAAAGAAAAUGGAAGUUUGGGUUAAAUCAUCCAGAUCCAAGCUACUGGAAGACAGAAUAAUAUGGAGAUUUAGAGGGAACAUAAAGCAGAUUUUUUUUUUUUAACAGAACUUGUAAUUUACAUGUAAUCUCUAGUGUUUAGUUUAGAAAGUGGUUUUUUUGUUGUUUUGUUUUUUUUAAGCAUGGGCUUUGGCUUCAUGUAUACUUAGGUUUGAGUGCUGGCACUGUCAUUCAGUAACUGUGAUUUUGGGCAGUUCAGCUGCUCUUCUCUCUUCUKAAGCACUCUUAAUCCUCAAAUUCUUUACCUAUGAAACCGUGAUGAUAGUAUUCCCUUUCGAUGUGAUUGCAUUAAUUCAAGAAAAUUACAUAAAAUUUCUAGCACAAAGUUUGGUCAUAAUGGUAGCUAAUAUUUAAGUAGUUUUUACUAUUCCAACCAUUUUUUAGAUAUUAAAGGUAAA